AUGCUAGCGUUUGGUCACUUUUGCAACCGCCAAGAAUACGUCAUCUUCAGUAAAAAAAGUAAAACAUUUUUUCCACGGCAGUUAUUCAAUGAAAAAUAUAAAGAGAAAAAAAAUAAUACUCAAUAUCGUACUCAGCUAAAUUCCACUGCAGAGUGGGUAUCUGAACAUUCUAGUCAUUGGCAAUUCCCUUUACUUAAUGAAGCACAAACAAGUAACAAUAAUUAUGAUGAUGUACUUGACAUUGAAAAUAUGGAUUUUGUUUGUCUAAACUAUAACAAUCAAGAAGAAAAUAAUGACCAGUCUUUUAAUACAUCGCCAGUUGUAGUCAUUGAAAUUCCAGUCCUUGCAGGUACUUCAACAGCAAAUACUUCCAUUGAAACACCAAAUAACAUAUUAUUAAAUAAUGACUUAAAUGUUUCAUCAAAUGAUAUUAUAGCUGAGCAAAUUGACAUAAGUUUCAAUAACUUAACUAAUGUACCAAUUCCUGAUCCAGAAUAUAUUGAUGAAAUUACUUGUAUUGCUGGAGGAAGGAAAAAAAAGAUUAUACACCAGAAGCAGUUAAAAAAUAUUGCUAUCAACCACAUUGAAAACAACUGGCAACUAAAUAAUUGCAGUCAUAUGGAGAGUCCUGAAAUUACAAGUGUAUGCAAAGUAUCAAGAUUAACACAUGAUGAUAUUAACAUUUUCAAAAAAAAAUUAUCUGAUAUUUCUGAAAAAGUCAAGCAAGACAGAUUUUUAUUAGAUAUGAUGUCAGUAUCAAAAGUAAGAAGAACUGAUCGACGCAAAACUAAUCGUAAAGAAAGAAUUUCGAUUAAUUAUUUUAUACCAACUAAAGAAGGUGAUAAAUACCGUGUUUGCUUAAAUGCUUUUUCUUCCAUCACAUCAAUAAAAAGAAAACGUUUUAAUAUUAUUGCUAGAAAUUUUAAGACAACUCAGUUAAGUCCUAUUGAAAAGAGAGGAGGAUCUCGUGUAUCUGCAAAAAGUGAGGAAAUAACUAAGUCAAUAAUUGAUCACAUACUGGCAUUUAAAGUAAAAAAGUCCCAUCAUACAAGAAAAGAUAGUAAUAGAAGUUAUCUACAACCUGGUUUAUCAGUAAAUAUUAUGUACAAAGUAUGGAAAUGUGAUAGAAUAAAAAACAAUAAACCUAUAGCUUCAUUUAGCAAAUACUAUAAUGUAUUUGUAUCCAAAUUCAACUUAGCAUUUGGUCAUCCUCGGCAAGAUGUUUGCUCAUAUUGUACUGAAAUGAUAACUAAGAUAGAAAAAGAAUUUGAACAAGAAAAGAAAGAAGAAAUUAAAACUGAUUUGCAAAUUCACAAAAAAAAAUCAAAAUUGUUUUUUAUGAAGAUGGCUGAAAAAAAAGAAAAAGUAGUUUCAGUCUCUUUUGACAUGAUGCAGACUCAGCCUUUACCCAAACUCAGUGUAACCGAUGUAUUUUACUGUAGACAAGUAUGGCUUUAUAAUAUAACAUUUGUAAUAAAUUCAGAGGGUGUGGAAAAUAGAAAUACUUGUCAUACCUAUACGUGGCUGGAAACUGAAAGCGGCAGGGGACCUAAUGAGAUAUGUUCAGCAUUAAUUUCUUUUUUAAGCUAUUUGGAAGAUAAAAUAAAGCAAUCUAUGUCCCCAGAUUAG